GUACUUUAACUUGGUCGUGAACAACACGAAUAAAGGCACCAAAAUCAACUCAACCAAACGAUCCAUCAUACGUCGAAGCCGAGAAGGUGGCAACGACAUGCAUAUCAAAUAAUGCAUAUUUGAGCGCUGCCUUAGCGGGACGUCAAUUUUUCAAACAUGAAAGCUGUCGCAGACGGCCUGUUAUUGCUUCUUCUAUUGACUCCUCUGCUUCUUGUGCCGUCAGCAGAUGGUCUCGUCGUCACGUUUAACAAGGACGACAGCGUUGCCGAACAACGGUGGAGACUGUUGCGAGAACGCGACGAUGCCGAGCAACCGUCCGACAUCGACGACACGAGUACGACUGGCGAAUUGGACGGCGACAUCAAUGCCGAAAUAGACCGAGAUGCAGAGUCGGGUGUUGAGGGAGACGAUCGGGUACCGGCCUCGCAUGAUAGUUCCGAAGCGACGGCCGCAACCAGCGGUCUCAGUGAUGGGCCAAGCACUGCGUUAGGAAUGGAUCAUGGCAAAACUAUCGAACUUCGUGUCAAUGCGGCAAAGAGCUUGGCUACUGCAGCCGAGGACUCGACAGCGGCUGCAAGUCAAACGCGGUCAAGUGAAAUAGUUACGGGAACGGAUGCUCAGGAAUCGGGGUCGGGCACUUCGGUAGAGCCGGAGACAAAUGACGCGUCGUCUUCAACCUAUCUCCACGAUCACGACGAGAGGUUCAGGAAAUACGAUCACCCCUGGCCAGCAGUCGCAGACAGAGACGAUGCUGACUUCGUAGAGGACACGAACCAGGAUGACGGUUCUUGGGCCGCCUUUUCAAAGUACAAUCAGCUCAGACACGCUAUCGGCGAAGCGCGCACGCAGAUGCAGGCGGCGCAUUCCGCCAUUCCCCCGAACGUGCGAGUCGAGGAGGCAACGCGUAAAACACUGCAGUCCAAGCGCAAGCGCGAUAGAGAGUAUGUCACAAUAGGAGAUGAAAGUGUAUGCCAUUGCUGCUAACAGAAUUACUUGAGAUGUGCCUCUCAAGCCUUAGUUACUAGAUCUGGAGUGAGAUAAACAUAAGAAUCGAAAUUCUGAAUGUAAAUGUAUUCUCGUGUUAGAUAAAAACAUCAUGGACAUCAAUCGUUUAUUAUAACUAUACUUGUGAUGUUGCUUUCAUCUUGUGCAGAGGCGCCUGUUGGAUGACGCCCGCGAGGAGGAGGUCCAGAAAAUCGAGCGAUUGUCUAAAGUUAAGAGCCGUACGCGUGACGAGAAACGAGACCUCGCGGAAAAACGAAGACUACUCGAUAAAAUGCGCGAAGAUCAGCAGGCCGAGCUGCAGAGGUUAGAGGAGGCCAAGAAGAAAUGGGAAAAAAGGGUCCAAGAUGGCGAUGAAGAAGUGAAAAAGGUACCAGCUACAGCAGCCCCCGCUAGCAUUAUUGAUUCCAUUUUCAUCCCCACAAGCUGAAGCGCAAAGUCAAAGCCAAGCAUAAGUAUAAGAGAUUAAAGGUAGAGUUUUCAUAAAAUAGCGACUCUAUGUUGUGCCUCACAUAAAUUUCUCAGGCAGAAGAGAACUUCGCCGCAGUCGAGAAGAUGCUGAAGUCCAGCACCGAAUAUCAAAAAGCAGAGGCCGACGCAGAUGCAGCAGCAGAGAGACGUAAAGAAUUGGCGUCCCAGUAUGAGGCAGCGGAGCGGGAGCUUGAAGCGGCAAAAACGGAGCACGAACACGCUUCCCGUGUCCUCUAUGAGGCUCGCGAAAACGCGGCUGAAUCGAGAGCCGUCGCAGAGAAAAUGAACGUAAAUUAGAAAUAGAUUAUAUUCGACUAUCAUUGCACUCUACUGUGAUUGUUUGCAUCUACAAUAUUUAAUUUCCUGCACUUUGCAGUUCUUCAGUAACAACUGUUGGAGGCAAACUUUUGUGCAUAAGAAAGUAUUUUUUAGAUUUAAUAGCUAAUCAUCUCGAUCACAUGACAAAGAAAAACUAGAAGGAGAGGAAACUUGUUCAAUCGAAGUCGAACAAUCUCUAUCUCCAUAAAAAACAAAAAGUAACUCCUUGUCCUUCUCCAGGCUGAUCUGCAUUCGAGUCAUGCAGAUUUGGCGAAGUAUUCCUCGAGCGACACCAAUCCAUGGACCGGCCUAAUGGGCGGCGACACGGCCGAGGACGAGGUACCCACACCACCCGCAAUCACAAGACCUAUUGUAAUCUAUCUCGUUGGCAGCGUUCUAUUGCUUUUCGCGGGAUUUGCACUAGGAUUCUACAACAAGUUGGCGCCAGCGGCAGCGGGGCACCAGUGAAACAAUAUGCUUUCAAGGAUGCGGGAAAAACCGUUGUCUGGAAAUUGUAAAUUUGCUCAUGCUCAUGCACCACUUUAACUAUAUAUUUAUAAUAUAUGGACAGUAUUGAUAAAGAUGCUUUCUCUCCCGAAAGAAGCGGAUAGCACCGAACGUUCACCAAAUGCACUAAAUCUUAACUAAAACAGUUGUUUUUUCCCUGUCAGCUUCAACAUCAUUUUUCUUGCGAAUUUCCAGAAUUUCGUCUCCCCGGUAAUCGCAAACGCUUGUUCCUUUUUGCCUAUUAUUUCUGGUUCUACCUUGCUGACGUUGAAGGUCCAGGUCAAUCAUCCGUGGAAAGAUAAAAAAAUGAAAUGCGCGUCCGCGCAGUGCAGAGCACUCGAUCAUCUUGGUCUUGCUGAGUGCGAUUUCACAUGUUGGUCCUGACCCAUGCUGACCCUGAC